GAUCUUACCUACAUAAUAAGUAUCCCUCCCUCCCUAGAUCUACUCUGCAGACCAAUAAGAGUAUCAUUAUCCACUCCGAUCUAUCCGUCUUCCAUACUUUGCUCCAACAUCCUCAAGUCCAGGUGUUUAUUGUUGUUGUUAUUGUUGUUUCUCUCAUUGACCCACCAUUGCAUUAAGGUUAUAACUUUACCUCGCAGUCUCCUCCCUCACGUACCGAGUACAACCCUCGUUUCCACUUAAAUGGAGUAGAUCUUACCAUCUUACCAUCUUGCCAUCCCUUCACCGUCCCUUUGCACUCCGUCACAAUCGAUAAGCGCUCUGCCGGUACCUUGCCUUGCCGUGCCGUAAACGACAAUCCCCUCAUCUCAAUCCAGACUUUAAAACUUAGCUCGGCUUCUUCGGAGACCCAUGGAUGAAUUAGGUGAUUGGGAAUAAGUGCAUGACAAAGGUAUUGUCAUUGUCCUUGCUUUCUCUCCUGCCUUCCAAUCUUUCCAAUCAUCCCAUUUACAUCUAUUUUGAUUCAUUUGAUUCAUUUGAUUUCCUGAUCCUGAUCCUCAUCCGUCAACAAAGAAUCUCAACCAACACCAACACCAAAACCAAAACCAAAACCAACACUUCUACUUUAACUCCGAUCGCAAUACUUCUCCAAUCGCGAAUAGAUCCGCUGGUCGUCUUUUGAAACCCUCAAUGAUUUAGUCCAUCCAUUCCAAUUCUCCAUUUCCUUGAGUUUAAGAUACCCUUUUUUGUUCAAACGCCGUAUACGAAGCGUUACAAUAUGAUUUCCUUACGUCGAUUCUUACUCGGAAUCGUUCUGGUCUGCUUGACUUGGUUCGGAGCUACCUCAUUACAUCGAUACCUCGAUCCGAAUACACAUAUAUCAGAGGAAAUGAGAGAGGAUGCGCGCUGGAUCGCUACAUCAAAACACUUCUUGGAUAGACAAUCAUGUAAAUGGCUUGGUCUCUGUGGACUUGCCCACUAUCAUUCAGAUCCCGCUUGGAAACGUCGAUUAAACAAAGUUACGAGAGACCAAAAAGUCAUGGGAGACGAUGACUUGGAUGCAAGCUGGGUAGAAUGGGAUGAUGCCUACAAGAAUGCUCCCAAAAUGCGCCCAGACGAUUUGUAUGGCGAUGAUCGAGUAUUAAAAGAAGUUCCACAAUACGUUCUUGACCACGCCCCUCUCGUACAUCUUUACUCGGGCGAGAAGUUUUGGCCUGCAGACAUUGAGGAACAUUUGAAUCAUGUCACUCCUUACGAAAAUCACACUUCACUACAUAUGAAUACCUCCGAACAUACGUUACACAAUCUACAUCUCCUGAACGAAGGGCGCAAAGGUCGACUUUUAUUUAUGCAGAGCAAAGACGAUGUGGAAGAUAGACCAAGGUGGCUUGGUAGUGCUUACAACAAACCUAUACCUUAUGAAGAUGAGAUCAAACACGAUGAGGAUUGGGAAACGGUAGAUGAAGUAGAAGAGAAGGAGUUUAUUGAGACUAAAGAAGAUGGGCAGGAAGCUUGGGACGAUGCGAGUGAUGAAGAGAGAAUGAAGAUUGUCGCACCAUUCGAGCCAACCUUUCGCGCACAACCUCAAAUUACAGGACAACGCAAGCGCAAUUUGAAAAAGCGUGGAGAUUCUUCCGGUAAACCAGAUCAAUCAGGAUACUCCCCAGCUCCGGCCACAUUAAUUAUUGUGGACAAAGGACAUGGUAUCGUGGAUGCGUUUUGGUUUUACUUCUAUUCCUACAAUCUUGGUACAACUGUUUUGAAGAUGCGAUUUGGAAAUCACGUUGGUGAUUGGGAGCAUUCUCUCAUUCGAUUCUAUAACGGCGAACCCAAAGCUGUUUUCUUCUCUGCCCACUUUGGUGGGUUAGGAUAUCAUUAUAAAGCAGUUGAGAAAGGUCAAGGCCCAGGAAGAGAAGGAAGACCAGUUAUUUACAGUGCCGUGGGAUCUCAUGCAAUGUACGCGACCCCUGGUACACAUCCAUACGUUUUACCAUUCAAGCUUCUCGCAGACGUCACAGAUAAAGGACCAAUCUGGGAUCCCGUCCUUAAUUACCGAGCCUAUUUCUUCAAUACAUCUCUCACCCACAAUGUCGACGCACGAUUCGCAACCUCUAAUUAUCCAGCUCAAACAAUGGCUGAUUCCUUCCAACCUGCGGCACAAAAUCCAGAUGCACCUACUGGCUGGUUUUGGUUCAAUGGCCAUUGGGGCGAUAAAUUUUAUGAACUGUCUGAUUGGAGGCAGUGGAGAUUUGUGGGUCAAUAUCAUUAUGUGAAUGGACCGCUUGGACCGAGAUUCAAAAAUUUGGGGAGAAGUAGAGUUUGUCAAUCGGGGUUGAAAUGCAUUUUGGUGGAUAGUUUGGAAAAGGGGAAACAUAGGAGUUGGGUUGGGUAGAGAUGAGUUGAGUAGAUUUUUGGGGAGUCGAGAUGAGAUGAGAUUGGACGAGAUAGACUCGGAUUUCGGUUUCCUUUGUCAUUUGAGAGAUUGAGUGAGGUUUGAAGAUUUAGACUGGUUGGGUAUAGAUGGAUCAAUCAAUAUUUUUUAUUUGGCUUUUGUUUGGGAAUUGGAUGGAUGGAUGGGGAAGGGAGGUGUUUUUGGAAUUUAAUUUGGAGAUGGAGAAGGCAAUGGAGGUGACGAUGGCGAUGAUAACGAAGAUGAUGAAAGAGAAGACGAAGUUGGAAAAAUAAUGACAUAUGAAUUGGAUGAGAGGCGCAUAGGAGCGAAGAUAGUGAAUUCCAUUGAAUUCAAUGGAGAGGGAAAAGGAUAAAUCGAACAUGCACUUUUGAGUGGCAUUCGAGGAAUUUAUAAUAAAGAGGUGGAAGAAUGAAUGAGUGGUGUAUAGAUGGAUGGAUGAACAUCUUUAUCUUACAUACAUACAUAUAUAUAUAUAUAUAGAGAGAGAGAGAGAGAGAGAGAGAGAAAGUCGAUUAUCUGAAUAUAUUGUUUACAACUUGAAUCGUUUGUGUGGAGUCUUAUUAUUCGACAACCAAUGUAACAUGAUGAUUUCA